GUUUCUGAUCCGCCCAACGACCGCCAGCAGCCUUCCCCUGCUCCCACUCCUCUCAACCCUCCCAAUUGCUGUCGAGCUUCUCGGCUAACCACUCUUCUCGCCCUCCUCUAUCCCUCUCACACAUGCGAUGAUGCUGUCGCGGUCUACUUUCAGCCGGAAUGCGCCCCGUGCGCUCCAGAAGCAGUGCUCUGCUGCUGGCGCCAGCAGCCGUCGGGGCAUGGCCUCUGCUGCCACUCCUGGUCUCCAGUACGACGUCUCUGAGUCUGCUGGUGUGAAGGUCGCCAACCGGGAAGUUGCUGGCCCUACCAGCACCCUUGCUCUGGUUGCAAAGGCUGGUCCCCGUUACCAGCCCGUCCCUGGCUUCUCCGAUGCCCUCGAACAGUUCGCUUUCAAGUCUACGCUGAAGCGCUCGGCACUGCGGAUCAAUCGGGAAGUCGAACUGCUGGGCGGUGAAGUUUCCUCUACACACUCUCGCGAGAACGUCGUCCUCAAGGCCAAGUUCCUCUCUGGCGAUCUCCCCUACUUCGCUGAACUUCUCGCCGAGGUUGCUUCUCAGACCAAGUUUGCAGCCCACGAGUUGAGCGAGGUUGUCCUCAAGACUCUCAAGUACAGACAACAGGCCCUUGCCGCCAACCCCGAGGCUCUCGCUGUCGAUGCCGCUCACGCCGUCGCCUUCCACCGUGGCCUGGGUGAGAGCAUCACCCCCUCGACCACCGUUCCUUUCGAGAAGUACCUCUCCGCUGAGGCUCUGGCUGAGUACGCCCAGCAGGCCUUUGCCAAGUCCAACAUUGCUCUUGUUGGCAGCGGUGCCAGCUCCGCCGAUGUCUCCAAGUGGGUUGGUGACUUCUUCAAGGCCGUCCCCAGCGGUGCCCAGCUCCAGAGCGCUGCUUCCAAGUACUACGGUGGUGAGCAGCGUGUCUCCACCAAGGCCGGCAACGCCCUUGUGAUUGCCUUCCCUGGCUCCGGUGCCUUCGGAACCGCUGCCUACAAGCCCGAGGCCUCCGUCCUCGCUGCCCUCCUGGGUGGUGAGUCCUCCAUCAAGUGGACCCCCGGUUUCUCCCUCCUCGCCCAGGCCACCCAGGGCUUCUCCCAGGUCCGUGCCUCGACCCAGAACCUGACCUACUCGGAUGCUGGUCUCUUCACCAUUGCUCUCUCCGGUAAGGCCGACCAGAUCACUUCUGUUGGUAAGAACGCCGUCGACCUUCUCAAGAAGGUUGCCGCCGGUGAGGUUGCCGCCGAGGAGAUCAAGAAGGCCGUUGCCCUCGCCAAGUUCCGCGCUCUCGAGUCCGCCCAGACCCUUGAGACUGGUCUCGAGGCUACCGGUUCCGCUCUCAUCAACGGCAGCAAGCCUUACCAGAUUGGUGAGGUUGCUCAGAGCAUUGAUGCCGUCACUGAGGCUCAGGUCCAGGAUGUUGCCAAGUCCUUCCUGUCUGGCAAGGCCUCCGUCGCCACUGUUGGAGACCUCUUCCAGCUCCCCUACGGCGAGGACCUUGGUCUGACUGUUUAAACAUGUAUACAAUACAUAUUAGACUGGCUUUGGAAAAAACCGAACACCCCCUCUAUUUUUUAUCAUGUGUCUAGAUCGACCUUUCCGCAGAUAUUCUCUUUGUGAUGUGGCUGUAGUUGUGUGUCUGUAAUACAAUUGUACCUUAACCCAUCUUUGUUCAAUACCUCUCUCGCUGCGAUGUAGGC